AUGAAACUCAGGGCCGGCAUUGAUUUGAAGAGAGUUUCUGAUGGAACUUCAGCAUCUGCCACGAAGAAGAAAGUUAGACUGGAUUCGUUUGAGAGCCUUUUCCCUGGGAUGUUGAUUUCCUAUGGAAGGUUUGGGAAGUGCUAUGGAUCUGAAUGUGAUGGAGUGCCGAUGGAAACAGCAGAAUACGACGGCUAUCGACUGUGCAGGCAGUGCGCAGAAAAGGAGAACAAGGAGAAAGGUGAAGACUACUUCUUUGCGUCGGACUAUACAUUCGUACCUUCGGAUGCAAAAUUCAAAUGCGCAGCCUACCGUAUUGAUGGAAGCUGCAAAUCACUCGAGGUAUCGUUCAAGGACUUCUAUCUCGGAUCGUGCUGCCAACCCGCUUCAAAAUGGUUGACCGAAAAUAAGAAAGGCCAGGAAGUAAAGCUGAAAACGAUUCGGAAAUAUUACGACUCACUGAAUGAAAAAAGUAGCUUUACAAGGAGAAGACUUGAUGCCCGAGUGAAAGAUCUGUGGGUUACAGAACAUAGACUGAGAGUGGAAAAGGAGAAUUUUGAGAACAAGCUCGACGAGAUGAAGAGACAAGUUGAAGAACGCGAAAAAUAUCUAGCUCACCGUAAAAAAAAUCUGGAAAAUGCGAGAAAGGAGGUUCGUGAGAUAGAUGCAGAGAAAGAGCCGCAUGUCAAGCGAUACAAGCAGUUGUUAUACGAGUAUCACUCAGUCGCCACCGAACUCUCCCUCGAUUACGGUGUUAAAUCAAAAGAGAUCAAUGUGAUGAAAGACAAAUGUUGCAUCUGCAAGAAAGAAUACAACUUACAAUUUAUGCGACGGAAAUCAGCUCUGGCAACCUGUGGACAUACUGCCUGUUACGGGUGCUUUCGUGAUGCUCGAGUAGAUUACAACGAAGACGAUGAAGCCCUGUCCCGCAAAACAGACUACGGUGAGGCUUCGACAACCGCCUCAAAGAGAGCCAAAUUGGAUUCGUUUGAAAGCAUUUACCCUGGCAUGCUGAUUUCCUAUGGGAAGUACGGGAUGUGUUACGGUUCUGGAUGUGAUGGUGUGCCGAUGGAAACGACAGUUUCGAAAUUCACUUCCAAGCGAAUGUGCAGAGAGUGCUUGAAAAAGGAGUAUGAGGAUAAAGAUGAUAAUUGGCGGAGUUGGGAACAUCUAUUUAUACCCUCGGAUGCAAAAUUCAAAUGCCCAGCCUUUAGUUCUGAUCAAAGCUGCAAAUCUGGCAAGGUGUCGUUUACGGAGUUCUAUCUCGGAUCAUGCUGCCAACCCGCUUCAAAUUGGUUGACCGAAAAUAAAAAAGGUCAAGAGAUAAAGCUGAAAACAGUUCGGCAGUAUGUCGACUUAUUGAAUGAAAGAAGAAGCUUGGCUACUAUUAGAGUUAUCGAUCAAGGGAAAGAUGUCUGGCAGGCAGAGCGAGAACUGAAAGAAGAAAAGAAAAGGUUUGAGAAGAAGGUCGAAGAGAUGAAGAAAGAACUUGAAAACUACGAGAAAUAUGUAACUCGCCAGAGAGAAGAUCUGGAAGAAGCGACGAAAGAGUUUCGCGAGGCAGAUCAAGAAAAAGAGCCGUGUGUCAAGCGAUACAAGCAAAUGCUUUACGAGUAUCAUUCAGUAGCCACUAAACUCUCCUUUGAUGAAGGGAUAUCACAAAACGAAAUCACGAUAGACAAAUGUGCUUUCUGCAACAAGUACUACAACGGCGAUGAUCGUCGAAAAGCAGUUAUGGUAAAUUGUGGUCAUACUGGUUGUUACCGCUGCUUGGCUUAUAGUUGGAACGAGUAUGAGUGUCCGUUUGCCGACUGUAAGAAAUAUGCUGGUUUCGAGGAUGUAAUUAAAGUGUACGACUAA